GGAAUUUAACUCCACUUUUGUUGGAACCACGAUAGACUAUGACGAACUUAACUUUGCCGAGAAAUUCUGGGCGAAUUGGUUUAACUCCUUUGACAACGCAGUCUUUGCCACCGGCCUUUUAGCAUUCCUCGUGCAUGAAACAGUGUUUUUUGGACGUUGUGUCCCUUUCUUUAUUGCUGACUAUAUUCCAGCUCUUCAGAAGUACAAACUUCAGCCAGGUAAAGUGAAUACUGUAGCGCAACAAUGGGAAUGCAUGAAAUCGGUAUUGAUAAACCACAUUGGGAUCGAAUUGCCUUUGAUUUUUGGUUUUCAUCCGGUGGCCGUGUUUUUUGGCAUGGAGGUGACAACCGUUCCCUUCCCGCAUUGGCAAAAAAUGGCAUUACACGUAGCCUUCUCCUUUGUCUUUGAAGACACAUAUCAUUAUUGGUUCCAUCGUCUUUUACAUUAUGGAAACUUCUAUAAAAUCAUUCACAAGCAACAUCACGAAUAUGCUGCGCCUUUCGGAAUGUGUGCUGAAUACGCACAUCCACUUGAAGUUAUAAUAUUAGGAAUAGGAACAAUUGGAGGACCCAUAGCUUGGGUAGCUAUGACUCAUGACCUCCACUUAGUCUCUGUUUUUAUUUGGAUUACUUUUCGACUAUUCCAAACGAUCGAUGCUCAUUCCGGAUAUGAUUUCCCGUGGUCUCUUCGUAAUUUCGUUCCUUUUUGGGCUGGUGCUGAACACCACGACUACCAUCAUAUGGCUUUUGUUAAUUGCUAUUCCACCUCCUUUAGAUGGUGGGAUUAUUUAUGUGGAACUGAUUCGAAAUACCAAGCUUAUAGGAAAAAAAAAGACCAGGAAGCGAAAACCGCGGCUGCCAUUGCCAAAAAAAGGAGUUAG